AUGGCCUUCUCAAGAAACUACAAGCUAGAUCUAAGUUUUGCUAUCACUGCAGCUACCCUCUUGCUUUCUCUCUCGUUGCUCAUCCCCAAAUCAGUUGGGAUAGGGCCAUCUAGCUACAGUGCCACUGAGGAGCUAAGGAAAAUGGUGCUGGGAUCAAGGCCGCCUGGUUGCGUGAACAAAUGCAUGAAUUGCAGGCCUUGUGAAGCCACACUAGUUAUCCCUCCCCACCGGAAAAGGGUGUUUGGAAAAUUGUCUCGUAGAGAAGAUGACACUUACUAUCUUCUCUCAUGGAAAUGCAGGUGCGGAAAUAAGCUGUAUCAACCAUGA